GACCGAGUAGCGGCGCUCAGUGCUUACAGCCGGAGCGCAGCGCUUGUCCCGCGGACGGAGUGUCCUCGAUCUUCGGCCAGUUUAACACCAUAAUUACCAGCGAACAGGCCGCCCGCGCCCACUUAACUAACGGGUUAACAUACCUCUCGGAAUGAGACGGCGGAGUUAGAGAAAAGCGCUGUAUUUGAGGCCAGCUCUCCGCUCGAUCAUGUUUGGGAUUAAUUUUUGAGGCUCUCCGAUCUGAAGAUCAAUUUUUUUCCAGCGCGUGGAGCCUCAGAACUGCACUGGGACGAAGCGAAGGACUAAAGGCGGUCUCUCUCAUCGUCUCGUGCGCUGUCGAAACGAGAAAAGGGAGCAUGCAUGAGUAACAGGUUUCUGUGGCGGGACCUCAAGCUCCUCCCCUCAUCUGGAGCCCCUGUGCUGUAUGAUACGAGACCGUCUUCCUUCAUACACUCUGACCUCAAUUCAACAGGUAUGAAGAUGAGGAAGUUUGCGUACUGUAAGGUGGUGCUGGCCACCUCUCUGGUCUGGGUGAUGAUAGACAUGUUCAUCCUCCUCUACUUCAGCGAAUGCAACAAAUGUGACGAGAAAAAAGAGAGAGGAUUGCCAGGGAGAGAGAUUGUGGUUCAAAGGCCUCAUGACGGCCCGGGGGAGAUGGGAAAGCCAGUGGUCAUCGCUAAAGACCAACAAGAGAGGAUGAAGGAAAUGUUUAAGAUAAACCAGUUUAACCUGAUGGCCAGUGAGAUGAUUGCACUCAACCGAUCUUUACCGGACGUGCGUCUCGAGGGGUGUAAAACAAAGGUGUAUCCAGACGAUCUCCCACGCACCAGUGUGGUGAUUGUUUUCCAUAAUGAAGCAUGGACCACUCUGCUCCGAACGGUCCAAAGCGUCAUCGGCCGGUCACCGAGACACCUGCUCGAGGAAAUCGUGCUGGUGGAUGACGCCAGUGAGAGAGACUUCCUGAAGAGGCAGUUGGAGCAAUACGUGCAGAAGUUGGAGGUUCCUGUCAGGGUGAUACGGAUGGAGCAGCGUUCGGGCCUGAUUCGCGCUCGGUUGAAGGGGGCCUCCAUAUCCACAGGUCAGGUGAUUACCUUCCUGGAUGCUCAUUGUGAAUGCACCACUGGCUGGCUGGAGCCUCUGCUCGCUCGCAUCAAACUUGACAAGAAGACUGUAGUGUGCCCCAUCAUUGAUGUAAUCAGCGAUGACACGUUUGAGUACAUGGCAGGCUCUGAUAUGACAUAUGGUGGGUUCAACUGGAAGCUGAACUUCCGCUGGUAUCCGGUACCACAGAGAGAGAUGGAUCGAAGGAAAGGAGACAGAACACUGCCCGUCAGGUAACAAACUAAAAUGCUUAUCAUGCAGUCAGACU